AUGGCGCAACGGUCGAUCUAUCGUUUUAUAGAUCUCAACCCCGAGUACGAAGCUCUUGCUGCUCUCAAGCCUCUUUCAGCUUAUACGGGCGUGUUGCGAACGUUGGGAGACGCUAGCGUCCUCGCAGAAGAGUAUCUCGAGACACAAGCUGUUCGUGCCAUCUACGAUUGUGUCAAGCAACGGGAUCCUGCGUUCAAGUUUGUCGAACCUUCUUCUGCUCCUCAAAAUGAUAUGUCUUGGCUGAGUGGGUUGAGCAAAUUGACUCUUGACUGCUGUUCCCCGAUGCGGAGAUGCUUGCCACACAAAACGUAG